GACGCUCCCCGCUGCCCUCGCCCGGUAACUCUGGCUGUGCCGCCCCCGCCUCGGGUAAGACGGGCACCCCAGGAACAUGGCAGACGAAGACCUCAUCUUCCGCCUGGAAGGCGUUGAUGGCGGCCAGACCCCCCGGGCGGGCCACGGCGGGGACUCCGACACGGACAGCGAGGACGAGGAAGGAUACUUCAUCUGCCCCAUCACGGACGACCCCAGGUCACACCAGCAUGUCAAUGUCAAGGUUAACGCCUGCUACGGUGACCUGACGAAAAGUGGGCAGUACGGCUCCAGCGGGUCCCCGGCAAGCUCCUUCAACUUCAAGGAAGCCUGGAAGCAUGCGAUCGAGAAGGCCAAGCACAUGCCUGACCCCUGGGCUGAGUUCCACCUGGAGGACGUUGCCACAGAAUGUGCCACGCGUCACAGGUACAACGCGGUCACGGGCGAGUGGCUGGAAGACGAAGUCCUCAUCAAGAUGGCCUCUCAGCCCUUCGGCCGUGGAGCAAUGAGGGAGUGCUUCAGGACGAAGAAGCUCUCGAACUUCCUGCACACGCAGCAGUGGAAGGGGGCCUCCAACUACGUGGCGAAGCGCUACGUCGAGUCGGUGGGCAGAGACGUGUACUUCGAGGACGUGCGUCUGCAGAUGGAGGCCAAGCUCUGGGGAGAGGAGUAUAAUCGGCACAAGCCCCCCAAGCAGGUGGACAUCAUGCAGAUGUGCGUGGUGGAGCUGAGGGAGAGACCGGGCCGGCCCCUGUUCCACCUGGAGCACUACAUCGAGGGCAAGUACAUCAAGUACAACUCCAACUCAGGCUUCGUCCGCGAUGACAACCUGCGCCUGACGCCGCAGGCCUUCAGCCACUUCACGUUCGAGCGUUCCGGCCAUCAGCUGAUCGUGGUGGACAUCCAGGGCGUGGGCGACCUCUACACCGACCCGCAGAUCCACACGGAGACAGGCACCGACUUCGGAGAUGGCAACCUGGGUGUCCGGGGGAUGGCGCUGUUCUUCCACUCCCACGCCUGCAACCGGAUCUGCAGGAGCAUGGGCCUCACGCCCUUCGACCUGUCGCCGCCAGAGCAGGACGCGGUGAACCAGAACACCAAGCUGCUGCAAUCAGCCAAGACCACCUUGAGGGGGACAGAGGAAAAGUGUGGGAGCCCCCGAGUGCGAACCCUCUCGGGGAGCCGGCCGCCCCUGCUGCUCCGCCUGUCUGAGAACUCGGGGGACGAGAACAUGAGUGACGUGACCUUCGACUCUCUCCCCUCUUCCCCGUCUUCGGCCACACCACACAGCCAGAAGCUGGAGCCCCUCCAUUGGCCCGUGUUUGCCGACCUCGAUAACCUGGGACCCCGAGAUCAUGACCACCUGGACAACCACCGGGACUCUGAGAACGGUGGGGACAGCGGAUACCCCAGUGAAAAGCGGGGUGAGCUGGAUGACCCAGAGCCCCGAGAACACGGCCACUCCAACGGCAGCCGGAGGUACGAGUCGGACGAAGACAGCCUGGGCAGCUGCGGACGGGUCUGCGUGGAGAAGUGGAAUGACCUCAACUCCUCCCGCCUCCACCUGCCGCGGCCCUCGGCCGUGGCCUUGGAGAUGCAAAGGCUCAGCGCUCUGGGCCUUGAGAAGAGAGUCGGGAAGUCCGUUCUGGGGAAGGUGCAUCUGGCCAUGGUGCGCUACCACGAGGCCGGCCGCUUCUGCCAGAAGGGCGAGGCCUGGGACCGCGUGUCCGCCGUGUUCCACCUGCAGCAUGCGGCCGACCUGGGCGAGCUGGAGGCCGUCGUGGGCCUGGGACUCAUGUGCUCACGGCUGCCGCACCACAUCCUGCCUGACGUCUCUCUGCAGGAGACGGAAGAAAAUCAAACCAGAGGGUUCAACUACUUACUGAAGGCAGCUGAAGCGGGCGACAGACAGUCCAUGAUCCUGGUGGCACGAGCUUUCGACACCGGCCAGAACCUCAGCCCGGACAGGUCCCGAGACUGGCCAGAGGCUCUGCACUGGUACAGCACGGCCCUGGAGAGGACGGACUACGAUGAGGGCGGCGAGUACGACGGGAUGCAGGACGAGCCCCGGCACGCGCUGCUGGCCAGGGAGGCCGAGAUGCUGUCCACGGGCGGCUGUGGGCUGCAGAAGGACCCGCAGAGAGCAGGCGACUUGUACACCCAGGCGGCUGAGGCGGCGACAGAAGCCAUGAAGGGCCGGCUGGCCACCCAGUACUACGAGAAGGCAGAGGAGGCCUGGGCGCAGAUGCAGGAGUGACUGGCCGGGAAACGCAGCGCUGGCGAUCCUGCGUGAAGGGCUGGCGGGGGAAGAGACCUAUUGACUUAUUUAGGGCUUUUUUUUAGUGGGGGGGAGGGAAGGGAGAGCAAGUAUUUUUAGUGUGUUGUCAAUCAACUUUUUUUAUGUCAUUUUUUUUUUUUUUACUCUUGAAAAUGUCUUUGCUCCCAGCAGAGACCCCACAGCUGUCCAUUAGGGCAGCAUUCUGGGGGAGAGGGGGUCGAAAAAGCAGCCUCGUGAACCAA